GGAAAUGUAAUUUUGAAAGGAGAAAAAAACAUGUUUUCUUUUUUUUCUCCUUCCUUAUUUUUCCUUCUGGAUCUUUACUCAUCUCCAAUCUGGUCCUCCUUGCUCUCUUUGUGGUUGUAUGAAGGAGGUCACUGCGGAUACAAAGUAACGGAGCACAGUCCAAACAACACUGUAGAAGCAUGUUUUUGGGGGUGAAAACGAUGUCGCACGGGACAACCAUGUCACGUUGCAACAAUAGCAAUGUCACCCGGCCCUCUCUGCAGUGACCCUGCACAGCAAAGGAUGCUGGGAAAUAACAAACACUAUUAUCCCGGGGAGGACGACAAGGAUGGGGAGGAUGAGGAAGAGGAAGAGGAGCAGGGACAAGAAAACAACAAGGGGGAUGGUAGAGAGAAGGAGAACGGAGGGAUGGAAGGGCUCGAGGAGAUUGAGAUGAAGGGAGGCAGACAAUCACGUGAAGGGAAAGGGGAGGGAGGUAAACCCUCAGCCAUUGUGGUUGGAAGGCAGAGAGGGGACCGGACACUGAGGCCAGACAAUCCAGGAAAUAGAGGCAUCCCUUAUACGUCCAAUCAGGCCCCUCAUAAGCAGCAGCACCAGCAGCAGUAUCACCCGGCCCCAUCCACUCAGACCCAGAAAAGACGUGCUCACAUGGAGCGCAGUAUGACCACAGUGGCACCCAUAGAGGACACUCGACUGACCAUGAUGGUGUUCCGCAUUGGAAUCCCUGACAUCAAACAGACAAGGUGUCUGCAGUUUGACCCUGACUUCACAGUUUGGAGCGCCAAGCAGGAGGUCAUCUGUUCGCUGAGCGAGCCACUGUGGGACGUCUAUAACUAUGGCCUCUUUCAGCCCGCCGGAGACGGAUGUGAUGCCAUGUUCCUGGAGGAGGAGUGCUGCCUCCGAAACUACCCACAGUCCUUUGAGAAAGGGGUGCCUUACCUGGAGUUUAGGUACAAGACCAGGGUAUACAAACAGACAAACCUGGAUGAAAAACUACUUACAAAAUUGCACACCAAGGUGAGUCUGAAAAAGUUCAUGGACUACAUUGCAAGUGGAUCAAUAGAUAAAAUGUCAAAAGCCCUGGAAAAAGGUCUCGACCCAAACUACCAUGACCCUGACAACGGAGAAUCCCCACUGUCUGUGGCGGUGCAGUCUGGCAUGACAGUGGAGGGGAUCAGGGUGCUCGUUCAGGGUGGGGCCCAUGUGGACUUUAGAACCAGAGAUGGACUGACAGCUGUACACAAGGCUGUCAGGGCACACAAUCACGUUGCACUGCUGGCUCUUCUGUCCCUGGGAGCAUCUCCUAACUACAAGGACCGAUGUAGCCUGACCCCACUGUACCACUCAGUGCUGACAGGUGGCGACACCUCCUGCUGCGAGACCCUACUCUACUACAGGGCCAGACUGGGAGUGAGGGAUGAGAAUGGCUGGGAGGAGUCUCACCAGCUCAGGGAUGAAGAGGAAUUUGGAAUGCAAGAGAUACACAAGGCCUGCCAGAAUGGUUUUGCCCAGCACUUGGAGCACCUUCUGUUCUAUGGGGCAGAUACCACUUCUCAGAAUGCCUCAGGGAACACCGCACUUCAUAUUUGUGCUCUGUAUGAUAAGGAAAGCUGUGUUCGUGUUCUGCUCUACAGAGGGGCCAGUAAGGAAAUUAAGAACAAGCAUGGACAAACCCCCUUUCAGGUAGCAGUAAUGUCGGGCCAUUUUGAACUUGGGGAAAUCCUCAAAAACCACAGAGAUGCAGAUGUAGUGCCCUUUCUGGAAUCCCCAAAGUAUGCUCCCAAAAGAGGAGAGAGUGCACGCACGCUCCCUCUCCUCAUGGCUCACCCCUACCCCCUCCUGCGUGCUAACAGUGAUAACAGCAUGACCCUGCCUGACCCCAUGGCCCUAUCCAACAAGGCUGCUGGAGCCAAUCCCAUCCCUGGAAAGGGUCGCAGGGCCUCUGAGGGUGUGAGGAGCUCCAGCAGUCCCAGGGCCCGUACCCGCUCCCCGUCGCGAGGAGGAGGGCAGAGCGACACGGAGGAGAGGCAUCAAAGCAAACCACAGCGCGGCAGACAGGGUGCGACCUCAGCGGGUAGUGGCGGGUCAGCUGGGGGUCAGAUGAGGCAUAUGUACAGUGCGGUCCCAGGGCGAGUGUACAUGGCCACGAGGGCCUACACUGCCCACGGAGACAAAGAGCUCAGCAUCAGCAAAGGAGACAAAGUCAAAGUGUUGAGUGUUGGAGAGGGGGGGUUCUGGGAGGGCACGGUGAAAGGUCGUACAGGCUGGUUCCCCUCAGAUUGUGUGGAGGAGGUCGGUCCUCCCAGUAAGGACAAUCGAUCAGAGACGCGCAGUGAGAAAGCCAAGAGGAAGCUGUUCCGUAAUGUCACCAUGGGAGCAUAUGAUGGCGUGGAUGGCCCCAGUGACUACAUCAUUAAGGAGAAGACAGUGCUCCUGCAGAAGAAAGACAAUGAGGGCUUUGGCUUUGUGCUUCGGGGAGCCAAAGCCCAGACUCCUAUAGAGGAGUUCACGCCGACCCCAGCAUUCCCCGCGCUGCAGUACCUGGAGUCUGUGGAUGAGGGCGGUGUGGCCUGGAGGGCUGGCCUAAGGAUGGGGGACUUCCUUAUUGAGGUCAAUGGUCACAAUGUCGUGAAGGUGGGCCACAGGCAGGUGGUCAACAUGAUCAGACAAGGUGGCAACACUCUGAUGGUCAAGGUUGUCAUGGUGGCCCGCAACCCGGAGAUGGAGGACACCAACCCCAGGAAGAAAGUCCCCCAGCAGGCUAAGAGGCUGACUCCUCCUGCCAUUGCCCUGCGCUCCAAAUCAAUGACAUUAGAGCUGGAAGACAUGGUGGAGAAAGCUGCCUCUCCGUGGAAAAAGAAAGCAGAGUAUGAGUCCUCCCAGGUGCCUGAUAAGAAGAGGACAGUCUAUCAAAUGGCACUAAAUAAACUGGAUGAGAUCCUGGCAGCAGCUCAGCACACGAUUGCGUCAGACGGACAGGGGCAGCGGGGUCACGGGGGGAAGAGAGAACGAACCAAGAGCAUCGCCCCCAAUGAGCCAAGUCAUGACCAGUUGGUUGGUGUAAUGCCGCCUGGCUUCAACCAGGGUCAGUAUCCCCCCCGGCCAUCCGCAUGGAGUAAUGUUGCGACAGAAAUCUAUUGGUGUGACGGAGGAGGAGAGGCAGUCCCUUCACACCCCGGCUAUGAAACUGGCGUAGCCUGUCGGAGGACAUCCCCCCUCCCCCCAGCACAUCCGCCCCAGAACCCCCCUUGUCUGCUGGACCCCACACUGCCCGGAGGGGGGGAGCAGUCUGUCCCCCAGCCACUGUCCUCCCAGGCCCAGGCCCACUACCAGGCCCUCUCCACCCAACAACAAGCAGCGCAUGAUGCCCAGGCAGGUUGGGACAGUCAACAGCACGGCAUGACCACCACCCUCCAGAGAGGAGUAGGACAAGACACAGGGGAUCCCACGGAGGGGACGAGGAGAGGAGGAGGAAAAAUGGGGGCAUUGAGGAGGGGCUACAGUAGUGCUACUCCACCUACAAGUGCAGCUCCCACAACUCAACAGCAACCCCAGCAGCAACAGCAGCCCCAGCAACAGCAAGUGGCGGCCCUCGAGAGGAUCGGCGGGGCAAGCAGGGGCGGGGGAGUCAGGAAGGGCGGGAGGGGCCCUCUCGUGAAGCAGCCCACAGUGGAAGGUGGGCUCGGCAGGCACCACAGAGGGGGGCAAGGCCAAGGGGGUAAAAGCUCCGGGGCCAAAGAGAAGAGCUCCAUCCCCAUCCCCACCAUCAUCGUCAAGGCUCCAUCCACCAGCAGUGGCAGUGGCCGCAGCAGCCAGGGCAGCAGCAUGGAUGCCGAGCAACCGCCUCCCGACAUAGACGACCCUACCUCCCCCCCUGCCUCUCCCGACACCUCCACCACCCCCGGCCCGCCUUCCACCGUGGCCCCCUCACCACCCCAGCCCCCUGUCUCCUCCCCCAUGACCCCUUCGACUGUCGCCCCCCAGCUGCCCCCUAACCUGGAGAACCUGGACUUCACCACCCAGUUCGGGGGGGCCUUCGUCGGGGCAGCGCGCCGGGACCGGGAACGUUUCCGUGACAUGAGGAGGAAGAGUGCUUCCUUCUUUCUCUCCUCUGAAGAGGAUGUCCAAGGGGAGGCGGGGGGAGGUGGAGGGGUAUGGACCCAGCCCCUACAGGGGAUGGGGAUCGAUGUCCCCACCCCCCGCCUCCGCCCUUCCAAGUCGAUUGACGAGGGCAUGUUCUCUAGGGACAAUUACAUCCACUACGCCAGCAGUAUGCCCCCCGCCUUUGGGCUACCUGAGUACCACUCCCCUGUGAUGGGCCAGGAUGGCCAGCCCAAGUCCGCUCCCUCCAACUACGGCCCAGGCACUCCAGCCACCACCUUCAUCCACCCUCUAACUGGGAAAGUCCUGGACCCCUCGUCCCCCCUGGGCCUGGCGCUGGCUGCACGAGAGAGGGCCCUCAAGGACGACCGGAGGACCCGACGGGAGGAGCGGCACUUUGGCCGGCAGAUGUCCAGCGUCGGGGUGUUCCCUACAUCUCUCCCGUCUCCCACGCCAUCCCUGUUUUCCACAUCCACCACCACCACCUCACACGCCUCACUGAACCGCCCACAGUCACCCAGGAUAUUACGUUUGGGAGGGGGAGCAGAGAGAGUGGAGAGGGACCAGGCGGGUGGAGCCAGAGAGGGCCUCAGAGUUCGGUUUUCAGAGGACAGAACCAAUCAGUACCAGACCCAAUAUUACCAACAGAGUCCAAGAGACAGGGAGCCACCUGGCCCACCCAUGCAGCCGCCCGGCCCGCCGCCUCAGCCUGCACCCCGCAGACCCUCGUUCCUGCAGAUGGAGAGCAGUGCAAACGCUAGCUACAUCCCCCAGUACACCCUCACCGCAGCCCCAACACACCCACAUGAAGGUGGGGGAGAGGGAGGAGUUGGAGGGGGACUGGGGCUCAUGGUUCUUCCCCCGCCUGCACCCUCGAUAGAUUUGGACGAUGAGUUUGUCUUUGUUGACCCCCUGCCCCCCUCCCUUGCAGUUCGCCAACGGCCAAGGCCAGCGAGAAAUGCAGAGGGGGUACCCUCAACAGCAUCAACACUCAGCUCAACACGUCUCUUCCGCCAUGCCACCCCCACCACCCCCCCUGCCGGGGACUCUGCCGCCUCCAGCCUCACAUCCUACGACAGCGAGGUGGCCAACCUCACCCAACCCCAGCCCAUGUCGCAUACACACCCCUUCUUCAGUGACCCCACCGUACCAGUUAACCCCGCUAAUAUGGGUGCCCCUGCUCCCCAAAUGACCUCAGCACAGUACCGCGGCCCGGCCACCCUCACUACAACUAUGACCUACGCCACAACAACGACCAUGACCGCCGCCGCCACUGCUACCACAGCCUCUGUGGUGUCGUCAGACUUCAACGCGUCUCUGAAAGCCCCCAGAACCGCCAUCAACACUGCAAGCAAGGCAGGAGACCACCACCCCUCCAUGAUGAAGACUGGAGACUGGCAGACAGAGACGGUGGUGGACUCUGGGAUCGAGGAGCUGGACAGCCACAACAGCGGCGACCAGCACCUGGAAAUACUGGGAGUGAGUGAACUGACAGGUGAGAGAGGAGGAGGAGGAGGAGUAGAAGGGGACGGAUGGGGUGGCGAGCACCCAGAUCCUUAUAUGACCUACUCAGGCGGGCAAGAGUUUGAAACACACCCCACCAAACACACGACCAAACCAACCGUGUAUCCAAAGACGAUGCAGUACAAAGAGGGCGGUAUCAAGGGCACAAGGGAAGCAUUACAUCGACAGCGACCCAACACCUUGGAGCCAAGGGGUUCAACCGAGGGGGUCGACCCGGGACAGGGCCUGGAGCGAGGUGAGGCCCAGAGGGACGGGAUGUCUAUUGAGGGGCGCAGGCUGCACUCGCCACUCUCGGGGAUGAAGGCCAGCAUCAUCAACGAGCUGAGCUCCAAGCUUCAGCAGAUGAGCAGUAAGAGCACAGACGACUGGGGUCAGUCUGAGAUGCGAGAUAUUCUGGGGAUUUCUCCGCCUCGUUUCAGAGCCCCCCCCACAACCCGCUCCACUUCCCCCUUACCCACCUCCUCCCCGCAGCAUCGCCCGCCAAUCCUCACCCCCAAUCUCACCGCCACCCCCUCCGGCUCGCCCUCCCACCAGCCCACGCUACAGCCCAACUGGACCCGCUCUCCCUCUCCCCAGAUACCCACCUCCCCCUCUCACUUCUCUCACCCUCCUCUCUCCCCCACCUACUCACCCUAUCCCACGUCACCCAAACACCGCACUAAGUAUCGUGGAGCCAAGAUUUUUGACUUCCAGUGUACCCCUGGUCCAGAGCUGAGGUCGUCUGUGUCACGCCGGCGCGCCCCCAGCCCCCUCAUAUACUCCACAGACCGCCCCAGCCCCGCCCCUCCCAGACCCUCCUCCCUCCCCAUCCUCCCCAGCACCCAUGUCUACAACACCCCCUUUGAUUUCCCCUCACCCCUCACCCCUUCAUCCCCAAGCCACACCCUAGGAGACUCUUACAACCCCUCCACACCGCCUCUCUUCCCCACAUCCCCACAACCUCCCAGUGCCCUCCUGGUCUCCCGCUCCCUUUCACCCACCCAGUUCCUCUCCGGCGCCUCCUCGCCCUCCAUGCACAUGCCCCCCUCUCCGUCCUGCCUCAGCUAUCCCCACCACACCCCUCCUCCCCCAGCCAAACCCUUUACCAUCAAGCCCCUGUCCUACUGGACUAGGUGGGACGUGGCCGACUGGCUGGCCUACCUAAACCUGGGGGAGCACCGGGAGCGCUUUCUGGACAACGAGAUUGACGGCUCCCACCUGCCCUCCCUCACCAAGGACGACUUCCUGGACCUGGGGGUGACGCGCGUCGGCCACCGCAUGAACAUCGAAAGAGCGCUGAAGACACUGACUGACAGGUGAGGAAGGAGCGGCAUGGACAGAGUCAACACACAGACAGAGGCUACAUGUCAGCCAAGUGGCGAGUGGAAAUACAGAGAGAGAAAAAGAAGGAAAGGAUGGAGAAGGAAAGACAAGUGCCUCUUUCCUUCCCUGCGAGCCAGAUGAUUCCAUCCCCUUCCCUUUUAGCAUAAAGCCUUUGUUAAUUUGAUACGUUAUUCCAUCUCUCUCUCUCUCUCUCUCUCUCUCUCUCUCUCUCUCUCUCUCUCUCUCUCUCUCUCUCUCUUCUCUCUUUCUCUCCCAUAUUUAAUUUACUACUUUCACUCCUUAUUCAUUUUCCAUUCAUUCUUAUUUCUUGAUUUACCCUCCUCCCUCUUUCCUCAGGCUCUUCUCUCCCAUGCAUGAGCCUAGCCCCUCCCCUGUGCCACAGACUGAGAGAGUGAAAGAUGAGGUGACUCAGAGCUCAGAGAAAGACAGAGAAACAAACUGACUGAGAUGAAAGCUAAAGAAGACCAUUGGACACAAACAGACUGAGUUGGACCUCAGACAGGAAGCGAUCGUGAUGGACAAGGCUUAAACACGCCAAGAGAGAUUUGGUAUGAGUGGAAUACAAUUGUUUGGAAUCUUUCUUGAGAUGAACAUUGAUUACACGUGUUGGUCAAAAGAAGGUAGAAACACUUACGACACACACUCAUGUCUAAAACUAUACUAUUGACACACACUGUACAACUACUGAUGAAUAGGCUUUUAAUUCACACAUGGACACACACACAUUUGACUGGUGAUUCUCACACUCCAUUUGCUGCCUGAGUUACAGUAAAAGGAGAAAUGCUAACAAGAAUCUUGAGAUUGGAGUGCUGCUACCCAUAAAGAGAGGGUAAGCCCAUGGAUAUACUAAAGGUGGUGGUGAAGUUCCUCUAAUAAACAGUGAGGGCCAUAUUCAAACUUGUCCUGAGGUUCAUGCGCACACAUUGACUUUACGCGUAUUGCAUCAUGGGAUUGGAAGCUAUGGUUGGAAUGUAUAAACUUCAGAAUAUGGUCAUAAUAUGGAAAGAUACAUUCAUUGGUUUUGUACCAAGUGCUGAUUGCAAUCAUUCAUUUCAAAUAGGUCAGGGUGUUAUUCAUAUGUAAUCAUUCAAAUGUGUGUUUAAUGAGAAAUAUUCUAAAAUAUACAAAACAUAUAGUCAUAAAAUGACGUAAUUAUUAUCAUGGUUAUUAUCUUUACAAAGGCUGGCUGGAGUAUGUCAGAGAGAGGCAAAGGGGAGUAAAAUCUGGGUUUUUUUCCCCCUGAGACACGGCUAUAAGGUGUCCACAGCCAUGUUUGAGAGUUCGCUAUGAACUCAAGUCAUUUUACAUUACACAGCUUACCGGUCAUUCAUGAUGUUGACGUUGAUGUUUACGAGCAGAGCACAUGUCCAGGGGAUGUGAGUGUCUUUUGUCUCGUAUUCACACACACACACAGGUGCAACAAUCAAAAAGGGCUUAUACCGUGUGUCUGUCAGUCUUUAUGGUGUCUGGCUACCUUGGCCUUUUUCCUCUGAGUGUUUGUACGCGUACGAAGAUCUGUUCGUCAGCCUGCCUUGUUACCCAUGAUCCUUUACCCACCCUCUGCCCCUCUCUCUUAUGCCUUCUCCGAAACUCAACGGGCCCGUUGUCCAAACAUUUGAAAACGUAGAGAUGUAUAUUUUGCACCGGUUGACAAUCCUAACUUUGCCCUAUUUCAUAAACUUCUCUUCGAAAUCUGGAAACUUUCUCAGAUCCACAUAUUUCAGAAAAAGACACACACACACAAACACACACGCGCACACGCGCGCACGCACGCACGCACGCACGCACACACACACACACACACACACACACAAAUACACAGGCUCUUUUAGAUACCUAUUUGCUAUUGCCUUCGGUGAAAUGCAUUGUAAGGUGAGGAAUACACAAAAACUUUUUACACAUAAUUUAUAGGUCUAUAUCAGUGAUGGGCAACUUUGAUGGGGGUGGGGGCCACAAAAUCUGAACUCAUCAUGAGGGGCUGCAGUGGCUUACGGGUCUGCGUACCCACAUCCAUACCUACACAUGCAGUCAGAGCUAUCCCUAGCCUUUUUGGGACCUAAGUGACAAGUUUGCUGCAAUUCUACACAUUCGGCCAUGAUGGGGUGGAGAGAAAAUGUAGCAAUUGUAUAACACAUUUCAUGCAAUUCUACUCAUUUUGCCAUAGGGUGGAAGGAAAUGUUGCAGUUUUUAAUAUAAUAUCUGUGUGAGAGUAACUAAGAAAAUCAAUAGAAAAUCAGUAAUUCAAACAUUAUUACCACAAGUUUAGAUAUCUGGCUGGACUAACUUACCAAUCUAAAACAAUUUAGCUGACAAAGGGCUAAUUGAGUGACUGUCAGUGACUGACCUACCAAAAGCAAAACCCUAACUCAGUCCCCCCCAAUUAUUUUAAUUUUAAUUUUAAUUUUAGAUAUAUACAGUGCCAGUCAAAAGUUUGGACACACUUACUCAUUCAUGGGUUUUUCUUCUUUUUUGAAAAACUAUUUUCUACAUUGUA